AUAAAUUGAAACGGAAAAAAUAUAUUUUUUCGGUUAUUAUUCAUAGCGGCUAUACAAUGUCAUUUUUCCUUUACUAAUCCCCUCAUUCACUAUCCAUUGCUGCUUCCCAAGUUACAUUACCUCUCUUCUUCUGCUUUAUUCUUUUGCAUUUUACUUGUUCACCAACAAUUAAAUUAUUUUUAUAUAUACUGCUACCAUAGUUUAAUAAAUUUUAGUAACAAAUUACUAUACUUAUUAUUUUGACAUGUAACAAACUAGUUAACUUUUAAAUAGUCAAUAAUUUAUUUUUUUUGUAAAUCGUACAACAAAAAUAAUUAUAUCAAAGUUUGAGAUCAACUAUAUGAAUCUUCGGGGAUCGUUUGGUACAUGAGUUAUGGAUAAUAAUCUCAUAUUUAUCCCAUGUUUUAUUAUAAAUAACUCCAGAAAAAGUGUGGCAUUAACUAUUGCAUAUAAAAGCUAAUCUCAUGAUUUAUCUGGCCAUUGUACCAAACAACUCCUCCCUGUUUAUAUCACUUUAUUUAAGUCCUUUUUUAACAGUGUAUCACUGCGUCUUUUAGCUGUCUGAAACUGAAACGGGUGGCUCAUUGAACGAGGAGAGUUGAGGUUCUUCCCUUUUCGGAGCUGCUUUCAAUUCCUGAUUUCCAUUUGUUGAAGCUGCCUUCUGCAAUACUCAUCCUCCUUUUUGUCAUUCCACGUUCUAUCAUAUUUCAACUCAUCUAUUGGAAUUACAGCACCAUUACAAAAAAAACAUAUCAGAUAGAGGUUGACAUUUGAUUAAGUACUCAUUCAUUCACUCAUCAUUUUCAACAUCUGCUUUAAAACUCUUUACGCUUUUUCCUCACAUCUCCAUCGCUCCCAUCUUUCCCUUUCUUGCUUUUUUACUACUCUCUACUCUUAUCUUUUACCAUCAACUUCCCCCCAAACUCCUGGACAAAUUUAGCUGGUCCAUAUAUACAAGACUACGAGGAGAUAAACAUUCUCUUUCAAGUCCAAUCAUUCCUUUUGAAAUUUGAAAUGGGUUGCACUCAGAAUUUCACAUGUCGCCAAACACUUCCCUGUCUUACUAUUUCACUUCUCAUUCUCAUGAUUUUAAGCUUUUCCCACCUAACAUUCAAGGCUGAAGGUAGAAUUUUGCAUACAACUCACGGGCAUGACCAGACAGAGAGCGAAAAGAAUGCGAUUUUCAGAUCACAAAUUGGGUCGAGGCCACCUAGGUGUGAAAAAAGAUGUGGUUCUUGUGGACAUUGUGAAGCCAUUCAAGUUCCAACAAAUCCCCAAAUAACAAAUGGUAAUAAGAACCACACCGCAGCUACCAAAACCAGCAGCAGUAUAGCUUAUGCCAGAGACGAUGACAACUCCAACUACAAGCCUAUGAGUUGGAAAUGCAAAUGUGGAAAUCUUAUCUUCAACCCUUAAGAUACUAGUUCAAGUUUUGAUCAUCAAUUGAUGAUCUACUGCCCAUUACAGUUCCCUUGUAAAUGAAUCGUUGCUACUUUCUUGUUAGUUUUAAGUCGAGCUUUAACCCAAAUAAUCCCUUAAAUUUGGGCGUAAGUCUAUUUUUGUCUUUAUUGUAUUACCUUUAAGCAUAUGAUUGUUUAAGUUUAUAAAAGUUGAGCACUUUUUGUUCAACUCUCAAAUAUGUAAAUCUUUUAAAACUAACGGAAGUGUUGAGUAUUUUUUUA